GCCUUUCGGUUUAUGUAUAAGAGGUUCUGUAGCGGAGCCGCAAUGGCGUCAGUUUCGUAUCCUCCUGCUUCUCCUCUGCGGUGCCCCCGGGAGCGUCCUCUCGGUGAAGAUGGCUGCAGCGCGUGUGUGCAGGAGGUGGUGCUCGACCGCGGCGCGAGCUGCCGGUGAUACUGGACUAACGGCAGCCGCUCGAGCCGGCGCGGAGAGCCAGCGGGUGACUGCGGGAAAAGGGUCGCGGUGGGAGAGGCUGCGGGACGGCAGAAUGGGCCUGUGGUGGAAGGGCCUGCUCCGCGAUUACAAAGAGGCCUGCCGCGACGUGUUCGCCGGAGCCAGGGAGCGUCCUGGAAAGGCUGCCCUGUACCUGUCUCUGCUGGGCGGGGCCGGAGCCUGCUGCCACUGGAACCCGAGCGAAGCCUCCUUCGAGAGCAGCUUGCUGGAGGCCUCCAAUACGCUGCUGCUGCUGUCACCGUGGAUACGCAGUGGGGACUCUGACGGGCAUGUGCAGGGGCUGACCAAGCUGAGGAACCAGGGGCGCCUGCGCUACCAGAGCCUGGGCUUGCUGUCGCUGGUGUACGAGGCUCCCUUCCACCCUGACAGCAGCCUGUACGAGGCUCGCUGCCAGUCCCUGCGCCCACGCUGGCUGCACUUCCCCAGCAGGGUGCUGGACCUGGGCUUCUGCUGCCGCUGGUGGAUCCUGGAGAGGAAGAUGAGGGACUUCGACAUCAAUGAGCAGGAGUUCAGGAACCUGCCCCCCCACCUGAGGACCAUCUCCCCCAAGCAGCUGCGCUCCCAGGAGAACGAGAGGCUGUACGAGGAGAAGUACAGGCCUGUGUCGCUGAGUGAGGAGGAGAUUGCCAGGGCUGAGAGCGAGGAGAGUGCUAUCUCUCCUCCCUCCACCAGGGGCAGUAACCCUGAGAUGCAAGCUGCAUCUCCCUUAGUGUGAGGGGACUGAGGGAAGCAGAGAUCUCCUCUCUCCAGAAGGGCCAGGUAGUUCUGCUCUCAGACAAUGGGGUUGGCAGAUGGGACAAGUUGAAACUUGGAAGGUAAAACUCUUAAGAAACUUUAAAACCAAGUUGACAAAUGUUGAAGCAUUGAAGGCACUCGUUGAAAACUGUCUGCUUGGCUUACUUUCUUAAAUGUAUACCUGCAUUUUUUUUGAAGUUUCAGUACAAAUCGAAACUUGAAAAAUGCAGGCCUGGAAAUAACUCUUAUUGCAUAGCAGUUCAAUCCAUUCCUGGUUUUACUAUGAGUUUCGUAAGACUCACCUGAGCUUGUUAUCUGUACACUGUGGCUAAUCAAGCUUGUAGUAAAACCUGGAAUGGAUGAAACAGUUAUGCAAUAGGAGUUUAAUUUCCAUCCCUGAAAUGCAUUCUGUUCAGUCUGGUAUUUGUAACAGAUUUUUAAUAAUUAAAUUAUAGAGCUUUAAAACCAA